AUGUUCUUCUGGAUCGGGUUGUUCGGGGUUGUGGUCUUUGUUUUGGCGGUGUUCGAUUGGAAGUUGAAAGCCUACCAGAACCUGCCUGGUCCGAAGCGAUGGCCAUUCAUUGGAAACGUUGUAUCGUUCCUAGGAGCUGGGCCCGUAGAAAUAUUUAAUCAGCUUAUCGCAUUUGGAGCAACCUACGGCAAGGUGUAUAAGCUAGAUUUUUUCUACGACUACACCAUCGUGUAUGCCUCUCCGGAGGCAGCGGAGGCCAUUCUUACAUCUCCUGCGUUCGCCGCCAAAUCGCAAGACUAUGACAAGGUUUCGGAAUGGAUCGGGAAUGGGCUGUUAGUUUCGCGGGGUCAGCAAUGGUUCACCCACCGCAAGGUCAUUACACCGGGGUUUCAUUUUAAGAUUUUAGAAAACUUCGUACCAGUUUUCAACCGGAAGGCAGAACUGUUUUGCGAGAAGCUGGAAGCAUCAAUCGAACGAUCCGAUGGGGUCAUAAAUAUUUUUCCGGAGCUGAAGCUCCUUACAUUGGGGGUUAUAUGCGAAACAGCCAUGGGAGUUAGCAUGGACGGUGAAGGACAUGGCUCACAGCAAGCUUACUACACCCAGCUCGUGGAAGAGCUGAGCUCCAUCCUGUACUGGCGUAUGUUCAAUGUGUUUGUCAAUAUAGAUGCCCUGUUUCGGUUAACUAGCACUAGCCGCCGGUUCGAUGAGCUCGUCACAAAGUCGUGGAACUUUACGCUUGAUAUGAUAGAUAGAAGGAGAAAAAUAAAUCAACUGAAUGAAGCUACCAGGUCAGACGAGCAACCGAACGACGAAGAUCCUUCUCUUGGAAAGCGAAAACGGGCCCUGUUGGACACGCUUCUAGAAGCCCGUAUCGAUGGCAAACCCCUGACGGAUGAAGAAAUUAGAGAAGAGGUGGACACGUUCACGUUUGCAGGUCACGAUACCACAGCGUCGGCGAUGACAUUCAUCUUGUACAAUGUGGCGAAACAUUCGGACGUGCAGGAGAGGCUGUACGAAGAGAUAGUUAAUGAAAUGGGUACAGAUUUUUCGGAACUUUCACUUCAUAUACUUAACAACCUUCCCUAUAUGGAGUUAGUUAUAAAGGAAUCCCUUCGCUUGUUUCCACCCGUUCCCGUAAUUGCACGAAUUGCUACCGAGGACACACAGUUGCUCUCGGAACGAUUAACGCAAGGUACUAGCGUGGCGAUUGAUAUUUUCACGAUGCAUCACAGCGCAGACUACUUCCCCGAACCGGAGCGGUUUGAUCCUAGCCGAUUUGAAAGUACUCGAGAUUCGCAAACGUUCAAUCCAUACACGUACAUACCAUUCAGCGCCGGUAGUCGUAACUGCAUUGGUCAAAAGUUUGCUCAGUACGAGCUGAAGAGCACUCUGGUGAAGAUUUUGCAGCGAUUUCAGAUCCAUCUAACGGACGAGAGCUAUGUGCCAAUACUGAAAGCGGAAAUCGUACUGAAACCAGCUGAAGGAUUACCAAUUGUGUUUGUUACAAGAAAAUAAGCAGAAAUAUAUUUUUCUGGAUGAGGAAUGUAUUACUUAACGUUUUACAUUUGGUUUUAGUAGUCUUGGGUAAGUAAUAAACCAGAAUUGGUUAUGCCAAUAA